AUGCCGUGCAGUCGGGGGCGCAGCUGCGGUCCCUUAGGCUGUUGGUUCAGUGCAUUGCCGCUGGAGGGUUGUCUGGGCGAGGGCGGCGGCUGCGAGGGCAGCCACGGCGAAGCUCGAUGGAGGAUGAGCGCGCAGCCGCUGAAGCUCAAAGUGGAGAGCGAUGCCGACAGGGACGAGUUCGGCGUCUCGGUGGCCACGAGCUCUGCAGGGGCCUGGCCAGCGACGUCCCAGUCCCCAACGCGGCGCAGGCUGAGCGUGCACGGCGGCGACGGCGGCCGCCCGGCGCCAGCGGGGGCGAAGGGCCCCCGCAUCUCCCCUUGGGCACGGCGCAGCCCUUCCGCGGCCCGUACGUUGGGCACAACAAGCGCCGCGUGGUGGGUGCGAGGCAUGAGGGGAGUCCGGCGGUGA